AUGUCGACGAUGCCUGACACAACUGUUCUCUCACUUUCCACAUUGCCGGUGGAGCUUGUUUAUCGAAUUUUCGACCAUCUUGAUGACUGGUCUAUGAUAUGUUUAGCACAAAGUAUUUGUGUUCGACUUAAUAUAAUUCUCAACAGCUACCAUCGAUAUCAGACAUUGACUUCAUUGGAUAUCUCGUGUAAAGAAAUUGAUGGCUUUGGAGUACAGCGUCUUGCCAUUGCUCUGCGAAAAAACGAAACGCUCACUACCCUGAAUCUUAGCAAUAAUAGAAUCGAUAAACAAGGAGCAAAACAUAUCGCUGAUGCUCUACUGCAAAACAAAACACUCACAACACUUUCCCUCAUUUUCACCUAUAUAUCCGCGGAAGAAGUACAAUACUUUGCUAAUUCUUUGCUACAGAAUGAAACACUGUCUAUACUAGUUCUCAGUAUGAAUAAAAUCCAGAACCGCGGUGCACAAUAUCUUGCUAGUGCUCUUCGACAAAAUAAGACACUCACUACCCUUGACCUCAAUAACAAUAGUAUCGGUGACCCAGGAGCAUAUCAUUUUGCAAAUACUUUACAAGAAAAUCAAACACUAAUUACAUUGAAUAUCGGGUGGAACCGAGUUGGAUUCCAAGGAAUCGAACGUUUUGUUAAUGUUCUCCAACAAAAUAAAUUAUUUACCAAGAUGGACCUUAGAUUCAACGGAAUGGAUUACCGUCAAGAGCAGCACAUCCAAAAUUUAUUAAAGAAUUAUCCGGAAAUAAAUAUUAUUGUGUAA